AUGGGUGGUUUCAAUAGUAUCAUCUUCCUUUUGAUACUUUUUGGUUUGAUGAUGGAGUACUCGUCGUCUUCGGUUUCUGGUUGCUUUACGACUCCAAAAACGCAUGUAAGAGUGAAGAACAAGUUGGGUGCAGGAAAGAAAUUGCAUUUGGAAUGUGAAUCAAAGGAAGAUGAUCUGGGAGAGAAGGCACUCAACUACAAUCAGGUAUUCUCAUGGACUUUCUGUGGUAGUGUUUGGACUUCCACUCUCUUCUUUUGUGAUUUCUGGUAUGAAAGGAAUGGUACUUAUGUAGCUACUCAUGCUGACGUUUAUUUCCAACAAAGAGAUAAUUGCUUGGACUGUUCGGUUCUUGUUGGAGUUAAAGGGGUUUACGUUGUAGACAUCAAGAACCCUAGCGACUGGAAAAUGGUAGCAACAUGGCCUUAG